GCAAUAUCCAUGUCUACCCAUCUCUUUCGCGUCAAUUGUUUUGUGCAGUCAAAAAUAUAUAAACGAACCAGGACUUUAGUUCUUGAUAUUCUCUUUAGUCAGUAAGAGGGGUUUUCUCUCCCCCUUUUCUCUCUCUUUCUUGAGGAUCUUGUCUUCUACUCAAUAAUAUUCUGGAAUUUUCCAUAAAUCGUUAAAAAGGAUUCAAAAGAGAGAACGAAAAAGCCCAAAUACACAUUAUAUGAAGAUCUAACACUUCGUUUUCUUGAGCUUUUUGCUUGAGGAAUAUUUGAUCGAAGAAUAAUGUCUCAAGCUAAUUGGGAAGCUGAUAAAAUGUUAGAUGUUUAUAUACAUGACUAUUUGGUAAAAAGGGAUUUAAAAACCUCUGCUCAGGCAUUUCAAGUUGAAGGAAAAGUCUCAUCUGAUCCUGUUGCUAUCGAUGCCCCUGGUGGCUUUCUAUUCGAAUGGUGGUCUGUAUUUUGGGACAUAUUUAUUGCAAGGACUAAUGAGAAGCACUCUGAAGUUGCAGCUUCCUAUAUUGAGACACAGUUAAUCAAAGCAAGGGAGCAACAACAACAACAACAGCAACAACAACAACCACAACAAUCGCCUCAUCCACAACAACAGCAACAACAACAACAACAGCAUCAACAAAUGCAAAUGCAACAACUUAUAUUGCAACGCCAGGCCCAACAAGCCCAACAGGCCCAACAACAACAACAACAACAACAACACCAACAGCAACAACAACAACAACAACAACAUCAACAACAACAGCAGCAACACCAACAACAGCAGCAGCAGCAACAACAACAAAGGAGAGAUGGGGCCCACUUACUAAAUGGGGCUUCAAAUGGGCUUGUGGGAAAUGAUCCACUUAUGAGACAAAAUCCAGGAACUGCUAAUGCCAUGGCUACAAAGAUGUAUGAGGAGAAUUUGAAAGUGCCACUUUCUAGGGAUUCUUUAGAUGAUGCUGCUAUGAAGCAAAGAUAUGGUGAGAAUGUUGGCCAACUUUUGGACCCAAAACAUGCAUCGAUUUUGAAAUCAGCUGCAGCUGGACAACCUUCAGGGCAAGUGUUGCAUGGAACAUCUGGAAGUAUGUCUCCUCAAGUUCAAGGUCGAAAUCAACAGCUUCCAGGAUCUACACCUGAGAUAAAGACAGAGAUGAAUCCAAUAUUGAACCCCCGAGCUGCGGGCCCCGAAGUGUCAUUGAUUGGAAUUCCUGGAUCAAAUCAAGGUGGUAACAACUUGACAUUGAAAGGAUGGCCUCUCACGGGUUUGGAUCAGCUGCGGUCUGGUCUACUGCAGCAACAGAAGCCAUACAUGCAGGGCUCCCAGCCUCUUCAUCAGCUACAAAUGCUAACACCACAGCAUCAGCAACAGCUUUUAUUGGCACAACAAAACAUGACAUCACAAUCUGCUAAUGAUGAAAGCAGAAGGCUGAGAAUGCUUCUUGGCAAUCGAAGCAUGAGCAUCGGGGGUAAAGAUGGUAUUUCUAAUUCGGUUGGUGAUGUUGUUCCAAAUCUUGGAUCACCUAUGCCUGUUCUACCUCGUGGUGAUCAAGAUAUGCUCCUCAAGUUAAAAAUGGCUCAGCUACAGCAACAACAACAACAACAACAACAACAACAGCAGCAGCAAAAUGGUAACCCACAACAGCAACAACAGCAGCAACAACAACAACAACAUCUUCAGCAUUCACUCUCUGCUCCUUUAAUUCAAAAUUCAAAUUUAAAUCUUCAACCAGAAAAGAUAAUGGGGACAAGUAGUGUAACAGGGGAUGGGAGCAUGUCAAAUUCCUUUCGUGGAAAUGAUCAGACCGGAAGAAAGAGAAAGCAACCCGUGUCUUCCUCGGGGCCCGCAAACAGUUCAGGAACUGCCAACACAGCGGGCCCCUCACCGAGCUCUGCACCUUCAACCCCAUCAACUCAUACACCUGGAGACGUGAUCUCAAUGCCUAAUUUGCCACAUAACACAACUUCUUCAAAGCCUAUGAUGAUGUUUGGCACCGAUGGUCCAACCACUCUUGCCUCCCCUUCAAACCAAUUGUGGGAUGAUAAGGACAUUGUGCAGGCUGACAUGGAUCGUUUUGUAGAGGAUGGAUCUCUUGAUGAUAAUGUGGAGUCUUUUUUAUCUCAUGAUGAUACGGAUCCAAGGGAUCCAGUUGGACGUGGUAUGGAUGUUAGCAAAGAGUUUACAUUUACGGAAGUGAGUUCUGUUCGUGCAAGUGCAAGUAAAGUGGUGUGUUGCCACUUCUCAUCUGAUGGGAAACUUCUUGCAAGUGGUGGACAUGAUAAAAAGGCUGUAUUGUGGUAUACGGAUUCAUUAAAGCCAAAAACAACUCUUGAAGAACAUUCAUCAUUGAUCACGGAUGUGAGAUUCAGCCCAAGCAUGCCACGCCUUGCCACCUCAUCUUUUGAUAAAACUGUCCGUGUUUGGGAUGCUGAUAAUCCUGGGUUUUCGCUACGUACAUUUAUCGGGCAUUCUGCAUCGGUGAUGUCAUUAGACUUCCACCCGAAUAAAGAUGACCUCAUCUGCUCGUGUGAUGGGGAUGGCGAAAUAAGAUAUUGGAGCAUAAAUAAUGGCAGCUGUUCACGUGUAUUCAAGGGUGGGACGGCUCAAGUGAGAUUCCAGCCGCGCCACGGAAGAUAUCUUGCAGCUGCGGCGGAGAAUAUAGUGUCGAUACUGGACGUUGAGACGCAAGCAUGUCGACAUUCAUUACAGGGGCAUACAAAACCGAUCCAUUCGGUUUGCUGGGACCCGAAGGGAGAGUAUUUGGCGUCUGUUAGUGAAGACUCGGUGAGAGUUUGGUCACUUAUGGCUGGAAAUGAAGGAGAGUGUAUACAUGAUCUCAGCUGUAAUGGAAAUAAGUUUCAUUCUUGUGUUUUUCAUCCUAGUUAUGCUUCUUUAUUGGUCAUUGGAUGUUACCAGUCUUUGGAGCUAUGGAACAUGUCAGAGAACAAGACGAUGACACUGUCGGCUCAUGAAGGAUUAAUUGCGGGUUUGGCAUUGUCAACAGUUACAGGUUUGGUGGCUUCGGCUAGCCAUGAUAAGAUUGUUAAACUUUGGAAAUGAAAAAAAAAU